GUCUUCAGUGUGCUAUUGUAUGCACUUUAUUCUGUUCAAAUUCUUUACUUUGUUGCUGUUACUAAGUUCAAGAAAGAAGAGACGUGACCCCUCUUUUACUUUUCUUUAUUUUCUUAUCUAUUUUUGGCCUACAUUGUCUUGUGCUUAACUUAAAGUAGUGUAGUUGUCUCUAUUCUUGGUCAUUGUGUUUCUUGGUUUCAAUCCCCCCUUUCUUUCUUCUAUAUAGUGUAUCUUUGAGGUAAAAAUAAUACCCAUAUAGCAUAAGAGUAAUUUUAACCAAGAAAAGAACAAUCUUUGUGCUUUUAAGGUGCAUUAAGACAAUAACCAAGAUUUUACAUAAGUGUCCAUAUUUGCAAUUUGCUAACUUGGGGUGUUGUAUUUUUGGUUCAUUUUCAAAGAAGAAGAAGUGAUCUUUGCUAAAGUUGUGAACUUUCUUGAUUUUUGAUUGUUAUUUGUGUGGUUUUGAGUAUAAUUUGGAAGUUGUGGGGAGUGGAAGUAUAGAAAGAAAGGGUGCAUGAAGGAAUAGUGAAACAAUGAGAGAUGAAAAUUCCAAAAAAAGCAAGCUCUCAUGGUCAAAGAAACUUGUCAGAAAAUGGUUCAAUGUUAAGAGCAAAACUGAAGAAUUCCAUUCUGAUGAAGUUGCUUAUGGAGGUGGUGAUGAAUGGAGAACGAGCAUCUGGGAGAGGGAGCAUUGCACAAUUAAGAAAACUAAAACAGAAAAAUCAAAUUCGUCACGGAGUAUGGAGCGUCCGCGAAGAGGAAGAGCGGAUCUUGAUCACCCUCAAAUUAUAAAUGUACACAACUAUAGUGUUUUCGUUGCUACAUGGAAUGUGGGUGGAAAAUCACCAUCAAGUAAUUUGAAUCUAGAUGACUGGCUUCACUCAGCACCCCCUGCAGAUAUCUAUGUACUUGGAUUUCAAGAAAUAGUUCCUCUAAAUGCUGGUAAUAUUCUUGGAGCUGAAGACAAUGGACCUGCUAAAAAAUGGCUAUCUCUGAUCCGAAAAACACUUAAUAAUGGUCCUGGUAAUAGUGGAGGUAGUAGUGGCUGCUAUACUCCUUCUCCUAUCCCAGAUCCAAUUGCUGAAUGGAAUGCUGACUUUGAGGGGUCAAGUAGACGAAAGGCGUCGUUAUUUCCUCGUAGGUCAUUCCAGACUCCUCAAUGUUGGAGAAUGGAAAAUGAUCCAUCCAUUUCUCAACCUCGCCUUGAUAGACGAUACAGCGUGUGUGAUCGAGUAAUUUCUGGACAUAGACAGAGUGAUUUUGAUGCUAACAUAAGAUGGGGCCACAGACCUAGUGACUAUGGUCCCAGGCCAAGUGACUAUUCUACUGGUUACCGGCCAAGUGACUAUUCUGCUGGUUACCGGCCAAGUGAUUAUUCAUCUAGUCAUAGACCGAGCGACUAUUCCUCUGGUCACAGACCAAGUGACUACUCCUCUGGUCACAGGCCGAGUGAUUAUUCAUCUGGUCAUAGGCCAAGUGACUAUUCAUGGGGACAAAGGCCAAGUGAUUUCUCCAGAUGGGGCUCUUCGGAUGAUGAUUAUGGUCCUGGAGAUUCACCAAGUACUGUUUUGUUCUCACCUGUGACUGGUGAUACAGAAGAUGGUAAUAAUAGAAUGCCCAGAAAUUCAAGAUACUGUUUGGUAGCCAGUAAACAGAUGGUUGGCAUUUUUCUUACCGUAUGGGUGCGAAGUGAAUUGAGUGAACAUGUCCGGAAUAUGAAAGUAUCAUGUGUUGGCAGAGGGUUGAUGGGUUACCUUGGAAAUAAGGGAUCUAUUUCAGUAAGUAUGAUGUUGCAUCAGACAAGCUUUUGCUUUGUGUGCACUCACCUAACCUCUGGUCAGAAAGAGGGUGACGAGUUACGCAGAAAUGCAGAUUUUAUGGAGAUCAUAAAGAAAACAAGGUUUCCGCGAGUAAAGGGUGCGGAUGAAGAGAAGUCCCCUGAAAAUAUUCUUGAACAUGACCGAAUUAUUUGGCUUGGGGAUCUGAAUUAUCGAAUUGCACUCUCUUACCGUUCUGCCAAAGCACUUGUUGAGAUGCAAAACUGGAGAGCAUUGUUGGAAAAUGACCAGCUGCGUAUAGAACAGAGACGAGGUCGGGUCUUUGUGGGUUGGAAAGAAGGAAAGAUAUAUUUCCCACCGACAUAUAAAUAUUCAAGGAAUUCAGAUAGGUAUGCAGGAGACGACAUGCACCCAAAAGAGAAACGACGAACACCUGCAUGGUGUGAUCGGAUAUUGUGGCAUGGAGGUGGACUUCAGCAAUUAUCUUAUGUUCGUGGGGAGUCUAGAUUUUCAGAUCAUAGACCCGUUUCCAGUGUCUUUUGGGCUGAAGUGGAGUCAGUCCCCAGCAGAUUGAGGAAAAGCAUGAGUUGUUCAAGCUCGAGAAUUGAGAUGGAGGAGCUAUUGCCAUAUUCUCAUGGUUAUACGGAACUCUGCUUCUUUUGAAGGAGAAUGGAUGAUACCAAACCUCAGCUUUUGGUGGGAACCAUUUUGACGAAACUCAAACCUGAAGGGCGCUUGGGACCGUCCUUAUCCCACUAACUGAAAAAGGUGUAUAUUCAAAGUUUUGAUGACUAACUUAACUUGAAGCGGCGUGGAGUACAUAUACAUUUUCUUGCAAAUGAAUAUUUCAGUAGGAUUUAGGAGCAUAACUUGACUUCUUGAUUAACAAACUCCAAUUGGCAGUGUCUCUUUUGGCAUGGUUAUCAUCUUUCUUCUAUAAGGAUGAACUAGGCCAAGAGUUAAAGGAACUGCCAAGUGGGGAAAUGACAAUGAUUUUUGUUCCAAGAUUCUUUUAUUAGUUAGGACUUAGGAUAGAGAGAUUCAAUGACAAGAAGAGCAUGAGGACAUGAGUGAAAAAUAAUCAUGUUUGAGUUUUGCCUUUUUGUUUUUAAUGAUUCUGAUCAUCUGAUGUAUACUCAAUUGCAAACGUGAUAGCAAAAAAAAUAUAUAUAUUUAUUGAAACCUGUUA